AUGGAGUCAGGUUCGCCUUGUCAACUGUUGCUGGCUGCCGUCUCAAAUCGCUUCAUUCUCUCGGGCGGAGCCUUCAUCUAUAAGCUGGGCCGUCAUUGCUUUCGCAUCCUGCACCUCGACGACACCGCAGCGGAAGAGGCGCACAUCGAUACCCGGAACAUCUAUACUCAGUUAUAUGGACAUGCCCCUCGCCAGCCAUUCUAUGUCGAUUUUAUUCACUAUGAAAAGGGCAUCCUGUCCCUUCUCCUCGAGGGAUACGAUUCCAGCUGGUGCAGGCUGGUGGUGUGCGAUGUCCAACACCGUUGCAUACUCGACUCAGAGAGCCUACCGGGCCGCAACAGUAUUUUUGUGAGGAAUGAUGAGCAUGAUCUCUACUAUGGCAUUAUCGUCGAUGAUCCGGUCUCUAAAUGGCGGUGGUCCUUAAGGGGCUUCAACAUCAAAUCUCGACAAUGGGGGCACAAGUUUCUUCUAGAUGUCGGUUUUUUCGGCGACCGGCUGGGAGAGAACGUCUGCUUUGAGAUCAUUGACGGAGUUUUAUACGGCGCAUCGUCAAGUUGCUCGCCCCUCGGUCCCGUCAUGUACGACCUCCAGCGCAGCUACUAUCACUGGUUCAGGAUGCGUACCAGCGAUUCCAGCACCCUGCAGCACCUCUCCGGCUCGUUCAAGGGUGGCAACGCUGUGAAAAGGCACGCUUUCGACAUUAUGAAGCUCUCCCAAGACGAAGCAACGGGCGAUGUAUCAUUCUAUUUGGCUUGCGCCCAAAUACCAUACGGCAGGACGGAGAGAUGCUGCUAUCGACAGGUCCUUGUGCCCGCAGAACACUUGAACAACUUUGGACAAGAGGGCGAUUGGGCAAUAACGAUCCCAUCAAUGAGCUGUCACGUUGGCGAUGUCUACAGCCCCCGCUUCGAAACGAUCUGCGCGAAUGACUAUGAUCCUCGAACAGACAGCUUCAUCGAUCUGGUGAACGAGCCAUCGACCACCACGCGAAAGCACUUCCGGCUUCGAACGCGGGUCAGACCCCAACGACGCCCUGUACGCUCUGCAUCGCCCGCCUGGGCAUUCCACGGCGACGUAGAGUGGCAGCAAGAGGAAGCCAUUGCUUGCCUAUGGCCCCCCGAGGUGAAGCGCGGACACGACGAGUCCACAAUGGGCAUGCUUUUCAACCUGAUGACACCUAUAAGUGAGCCCGUGAAAAAGGUUCGCCGGGACUUCGAUGGUCGCGUUUUUGUGUUUUCACCUGUCAGUGAAGCGGGGCUCCAUGGAACCAUUGUCCUCGUCUCAUUUGACCCUGCGCUCCGGAUUCCAGGUCUGCGCAAGGCGGAUGGAACCAAGCCGCAGAGCGUUCCACAAAAGCUCUUGGAGUUGCCGGACAUGCCAGAGCUCGGCAACGAGGAGUGGAUGGCGCCAGCAAAGCCUUUCCAUCUUAUCCUAGGCGCUGCGGAUGGUGGGCGUGCUGCUGGUUAUGACUUCACACACUAG